AUGAAAUUGAUGACCGUCGACGAUGCGCUCGAGGAGCUCGGCGUGGGCUGCUUCACCGUGCAGUUGAUAAUGGUGUGUGGCCUUGGUUGGCUCGCCGACACCGCGUGGAUCACUGCAGUCAUCUCGGCGACCGUGCCCGUCCAGUACGAGUUCCCGGGCCUGUGGGAGCUGGGGUCCAUCAGCAUCAACCCGGCAGACUACCUGCUGCCCCUGCUCUUUGCCUGCCAGGGGGUGGGAGGCGUCAUCUUCGGCCCGGUCGCCGACACUUUCGGCCGCCGCCUCGCCUUCAUGCUCACCCUGCUAGUCUCCGGCUCCGGCGGCGUCAUCGGGGCUUGCGCGCCCAACAUGCUGAUCCUCGUGCUUGGCGUCGCCGUCGCGGGCCUUGGCGUGGGUGGCAACAUGCCUGUCGAUGGCGCCCUCGCGGUCGAGCUGUGCCCCCGCAGCGCGAGAGGCAGACUGAUGACGCUGCUCACCAUCUUUUGGAGCAUCGGCGGCGUGGUUAUGUACCUGGUCGCGUGGGCCGCCAUUCCAAACAACACCUGCGACCCUCCCGAUCAAUCCCCAUCAACCAAGUUGGGGGUCCAGUGGGCACCUUUGGUGGAGUUUUGCGACCCGGCGGACAACCGGGGGUGGCGCUACUGCCUCGGCAACCGCGCUUCUCCGGUGCUUUCGCCUCACGAGCCAUUCUGA